AGAAAGGCAAAAUUACUGAAGCGCCAAAAUAGGCAUAUUGAGUUAUAUAGAUAUUCGGAAUCAGCGUUUUUUUCUGCGUCGAUCAGUCUGGGUUCCACGGAGAUACGAGCACUAUUUUGGCGUUUCAGUAAAUGGAAAAAAGGGGAGUUUUCAUCAGACAGAGUCCUUAAGCGACACUUUUUUGGCAUUUUAUUCGUGCCUGUCACUUAUGUAAUUUUGUUUUCCUGCAAUAAAUUACAAGUAAAUUUUAAGUAAAUUUGGCAUCCGGCAAUUUAAAAGCUAAUAGUUUAUAAGCAUUUUUGGACUACUCGAAACAAACAUAAAAGUUGGUAUAAGUAAUUUUGAAUUGAAGUAUUUAUAAUAAGUAAGGCUUGUAAGAAAAUUAGUCUUUCGAUUUUUAUGCCGGAAAUGGCGUAUAAGUAAUUUUGCCUUACUGUUAUUGAGCAAGUUUUUGACUUUCAGUAUCUUUACUAUGAAGUAAUAUUUUAGCAAAAGUAAUAGAAGUAAAAUUGAAAGCUGGUCAAUACGUCAUUUACGUCGCUAAAGUAAAAAAUAUGGAGCUGCAAUACUGCAAAACCUGAUUAUAACCCGCGCGUACGCCGCGUAUCAGUCAGUCUGCUCGACAGAGCCACUGAGAGUAGGUACACGUGUGUCGGUAUUUGUUGCCGCUCAAAUAGAUCGAGAAAAUAAGGGAAUAUUGGUGAUAAAUGAUAAUAAUGCAAUAACGGACUCCUCAAUCGCUCAUAAUGGAAAGUAAGAAACAGAGUUUUUACAAAAGGUACGCAGCAAGACUGAAGGAUGAACAGGAACCUGUAGCUGGAACAUCAAAUACACCACUGAUGGAAACAGUCUCAAAGCCAGCAGUAGUUAAAAGACUGAUAUUUAAAACACCUAAAAAAGAAACACAGAAGUACAAAUCAAAAAACUUGAACAAGAAGCUAUUGAUAUCAAAACCAGUUGUUAUGCGCAGUGAAAAUACAGAAGCUGAAUCACCAUCCAUUGAUUUAACAGUUUGCGAUUUGACAGAUGACAUAAGAGAACCAUACCAGGAACAAAAUCUUACAGAAAAAGUAAUACAAAAAGAAUUAGACAUUUUCAGAGAAAUUGAACGACAACACGAAAUUGAGGAGGCUUGUGAACAAAUCCGACGAGAACACUUUGAAGAGAUGAACACAGGAUCAAAAUUUGUACAAAUUGAAUCUAAACAACUUGAACUGACAGACAGUAAAAUUAUAAUGGAAGAUUACAACACUGAAACACCUGAGAUAGUACCAGACAGCAUACUGAAGCGAUGUGAUAGCAAGCAGUUUUUUGAGACAGAAGAAAGCAAAGGAGAAAUUGUAAAAUUUACUAAUGAAAAUAUAGAAUCUGAAAAUGAUGCUACCGAUGGCAUAUUGUUAUGUCUUCGAAACAACAUGGAGCACAACAAUGACAUAGAUUUUAAAUACAUGAAAGAUUUCAAAGAAAUAGAUAUUAAUUUACAGGAAAAUGAAAAAGUAUCCGCUGAAAUUAAUUUUACUAACAUAGGAAUGAAUAUACAGGAAGACCAAAAAAGCUAUGAAGGAGAGAUUUGUAAUGAUAAGAAAAUACCUGAAAUAAAUGAAUCGGUGCAAAAUGAAUCGCAUAUAAGCAAAAACGUCAAUUUGGGUAGUAAGAUAAGUGGAGAUGAAGAAGAAGAGAUAAGAACUGACAAUGAUAAAGGUAACCAAGAGAAGCAUGAAAAUGUUACAAAAAAUGAUCGUGAUGAUUACAUGUAACACUCUCCUAUCAAUUCAAAUAAAUUAUUUGCUCCCAGGGCAUACCUAUAUGCCGGUUGACUCUAUGCACUCCGUUAUAGAUAAAAGCUUAAAAGGCAUUAUAGUGUGGGCACCGUCGCAGUGGAGCACAAUUUUUACUAUGUCUAGGAAGUCACCAAGACCAUAUGAAGUAGAGGUCCUUAAUUAUGCAGAUUUUAACAAAUGGGACACAGUUGCUGAAAAAUAUUUGAUGAUUAAGAUGAUGAUGUAUUGGCCUAAGAUAGAAGUGGAUCCAACGCACCUUUUGCUAUUUUAUACUCGUUUUUUUUUUAAAUACCGUCGAAAACAUGUGUUAGUUAAUAAAGAUUGUUUUGAUUACAAAUUUAUUUUAUUUUAUUUUUAAAUGUCAAAGACUGAAAGAAACGUUGAUUCUCAUUUUUUUUAUUUCGUAAGCUUAUUACUAUUAUUAUUUUUGCCAAAGAGACUUUUUGUUUAAAAGGAGUAGAAUUAUACCUAAAGUUUAUAACUUAAUAAUAGGAUUAAAUAAAAUAAAAAUUAACAGCUGUAUUUUAAUUUAUUUCUCGAAACAAUUUCCCUCUUAAUUCAAAUAGGAGGCCUUUGCCCAGCUAUCUAUCCAAUUUAAGAGCUGAGCUCUAAUCAGAGGAGGCAGCCCAGCUCAAGCCCAUCUCAAUGCCAGACUAAUAAUUUACGUAAGAUUAUUUAUUAAAAAAAAGAUAGGAAUUUUCAUAAUCAUAAGCAAUUAAGACUUUACUCUUACACAUUAGUAAUGGAGUAUACGUUAUUAUUUAUGGUUCAAGUAACUUUAAUUUUCGGCACUACAGUAUUUAUGUAUUGUGUAUUAACUGAAGUUAUAAGUAGUUAAAGGUGUGAUUAGAUAAAAUAAAUUAUCC